GGGUGUUCGACCCACCAUCAGCGAUCAUCCUGCGAAAUUGACACUUUUUCCAGUGGGCGCCAGUGUCAACUGACAUCGAGUCACUUCACCUUUAUUCACACUGCAGCCGACAGCUAUGUACCUGCCCCCUUCUACAUGAACGAAGUCGCUUUCGCCAGCACCCCCACCGUGUUUCCUGCCGUCUCUUUCCCAAUCCUGACCUUGAUCACCACACGAAUGCAGACGUCAUCAUGGCGACGACAGCGAACAAACCCCCGUACGACCCGGUGAAAACGGUGGAAGGCAUGUUCAAUGGGUCUGUGACUCGCAUCGCCUACGCCCUCAAAGAUCCGUUGAACUACGCCCAGUCCACGAGAGCCGUGCUUGUCGAAACCGCAAAGAAAUUUCAAGAUGCGCUUGACGAUUGCGAAAUCCAGAUCCUCGAUGCAAAAUGGUACUUGGAACAGAAAUUGGCCAUGAACAAGGCCCGCCGAGAGAAAGCACGCGAAGACAUCGCGGCCAGUGCGAAGAGAAAACGUGACGAAGAGGAAGGUGUGCAGGAGAAGCCUGUAGAAGUUGCAAAAGAUAAUGCGCCGAAGCGCGUCAAGACAGCUGAGCCAGAGGAGGCUGCGCAACCACAAGAGCCCUCGCAACAAUCGCAAGCUCCUCCAAUGCCUGCUGUGAAGAGCGAGCCAACGUCGCAAGUCCCGCAGAAACAACCAGCAAUGAAGACAACUGCACCCAAGCCCGCAGACAAACCUCAAGCUCCAGUCAAACCAGAGGUCAAGCCAUCUCAAAUACCGCCGGCGCCGACUCCCAAGGUACCAGAAAAGCCGCCCGAAAAGCCUCCUGCUGUAGAAACCAAUUUUCAAGCGCCUACUUUCGACGAUUUCACCAGGGCCACCCCACAAGACACGAGUAACGAGGAAUUCAACUUCGUCUCCAUGUUCGGUGACGGCGAUCCUUCCGCGGACAUGAUGGCUGGGGCCGGAAACGACAUGAAUAUGAACUUCGACAUGGGUCUGGGCGACAGCUUCGAUGCUAACGCAACAAACCUCAAUCUCCAGGAUUCCUCAUUGAAUUCCUUGCUUCCAGGUCUGGAGUCUUACGCCAACCAAGCCGGCGACGACAACAAUUUCAACAUGGGCAUGCCCAUGCCCACAAAUACCAACAUGAAUGUGAAUAACAACAGCAUGGGAACAGGCGGCGCUGGGACGGAUGCAGCAGCUGCCAUGGGUACCACCGACAACAGUCUCCAAGAAGUUGAUUUCAGUCUCCCAGCUCUAGGGCCCAAUGAGUUCGACGAGCUUCUGAAUUCCAGCGACAUGAACUUUGACGGAAACGUCGACUUUGACGAUAACGCCAUGGGAAAUCUAGAGAACAUGGAUCUUGACUUUGACAGUAUGUUCAAAUGAGGGAAUUGAAUUGGCAUCACCUAGAAACCGGAGGGAAAAAACCUCAAUUUUAAUGGACACCAUGGUGGUCACGGUAUGGCUGGUUCCAGCUUUUUGCGAAAUGGACCUGGGUAUAUUGUUCAUGAGACGGGCUGCAUGGAGGAAGAUUGGAUUCUCUGAUAUAUGUCAUCAAACUUCAAUGGUAUAGCGAUGGUGUUGGGACAGGGAGUGAUUGGGUUUGGGAUGAGAUGGCGGUUGCUUGUACUUCAAAGAUACCCUCGGUUCGGAUCAUGGGGAUCACGGUUCAGCUACACUAUACGGAAUGAUCUGCACAAAGGCACCAGAUGGUAGAAUACUGCAAUUGAUUGAUCGUUCUCUCUAG